UUACCAACAUGGUCAUACUCAACUUCAAUGCGCUGGACAGCAGAGCAUACAAUCUUUACAACCAAGCUUUAGCUACAUCAGUUUACCUUCCUCGGCUGGUUUAUAAUAAUCCAGCAGUGCCACUGGGACAGACAGCCCCCAGGGGCCUAUUAUUCCAAAGGAACGCUAAGAUGAAUUUUAAAAUUGCUAAAUAUGAUGCCAGAGGAAAUUUUUUAGGCUGGCAAGAUGUAACAGGAGGGACAUUGCAGCUGUGCUCGGACACACAGAAGAAACUUGAUGCAGCUUAUCUCUUUGGGACGUCCUACAGCCAGUCUUGUUCAGUACAAAUUUUGGAGCUCCUCAAACAGUUUCCCGAGCCUGUGUUUUAUGAGCUGUUCCUCCAGUACAGUGAUAGUCAGGGCAACGAGUCUUUGUGGCCAGUUCCAGUCACGAGCAGCCCGGGCAGCUCUCAAGUUCAGCAGAGAUUCUUCUUGGUAGAUGGAUUGACAGGAAGACAGGAUAACCUGAACAGUCAACCUCAAUAUGUCACCUACACCAGCAAGCUAGUCCUGAGUGUGUAUCAGCCAGUUAGCAGCCCUGGUAAUGAGCCACCCUUCAAGCUGACAGUGCAGUACACCACAGUGGACAUCAACAGCCAAGCCCAGGUAGCAUUUGCUGUCACCUACAGUAUGAACCAGGACUCAACGAGAAUAAAUACUUUUAUUGCUCUGGCAGUACUGGGCGGUCUCUCCAUCUUCCUUGCUAUGCUGGACACCAGCAGUUGGAGGCACAGGGCGGGGCAGCAGUUUAUCAACUGCACAACCAUAAUCAAAUACUUAGCAUUUCUGACUGGCAAUGUUGCCAACACUUUGUUCUUUAUCACAAUUGGCACUGGUAUCUACUGGCUUGUUGCUUUUAAGGGCCAGCACACUACAGUUGAUGUGGCACUGCCCUCUCCUGGUGGGAGUCUUGAAACAGAUUUUAUCAUUUAUCUGUCUUUGGCGUUUGCAUUCAAGGCAUUGCAGCUCAUUCACAUGCUGAUCGUUCAGAUGACCAUCUCCAUCUUUCUGAUAGACUGGGAGAGACCAAAGAAUACUAGACAUCAUGCAGGAAGCAGUAGCAGCGCCCCCUCAGUCAGUGCCUGGAGAAGCUUCUUUGUGGCCAAUGAGUGGAAUGAGAUCCAGACGACAAGGAAACUGAACCCCCAACUGCAACUCUUUGCAGUGCUCCUAAUACUGGAGGUCAUUGGGGUCAUAAACAUUGCGGCGAGAGAUCUGAACUUGGCUGUGCAGCCGGGAGCUGAUAGUUACCAGGCUUCCUGGAGCCCUAUCCUCCGAUAUGGAAUAACUGCUUCUAUCUGGCUGGUAGUCGGCAUAGCUCAAAUCCUGUUUUUUGUCGUCAUCUAUGAACGGUUAGUAGAGGAUAAAAUCCGUCAGUUUGUGGACUUGUGCUCCAUGAGCAACGUGUCUGUGUUCAUUCUCCUGCACCAGUGCUAUGGAUUCUACAUCCAUGGUCGCUCGGUCCAUGGACAUGCAGACGUCAAUAUGGAAACCAUGCACACUAACCUGCAGAAAGAAAAGGAUAACCUGUGUGCUCUGCGGGGCCUGGAACCAAGCUCUGAAAUUCAAACCUUUGACUUCCUUCUCACACAAAAAGUCAGGAACCAGCUGGACAAGAUUCUGCUACCACUCUCUGAGACAACAAUGAAUGGCAGAGGUGGAUCCCAAGGCUUGCUGGAUCAAAAGAAAAAAAUCUAUUAUACCAUGAAUUGGUUUCUGUCUUCAUUCCUCGAACAUGUUCACGUAGACAUGGACUACAUAGUGAAGGACAAACUCUUCUUAGAGAAAAUUAUGAACUAUGAAUUCCAGCGGCCAUUUGAAAGGAGCAUGUUCUACAAUGAUCCAGAUGGCAUUGUCUUCAGCAAUGUUCUUUAUUAUGGGAAUGAGCUGGUUCUCCUGCUGUUUGACACACUGCUGUUCUGUAUUAUCGACCUUGGGACUCAGGACAUUGUGCUGGCUACCAUCCUUACAUAUCUUGUACAGCAGUUGCUGGAGAUGCUUCGGUAUUAUAUUGCAAGAAAUAAUCUCGCCAAAAAGACAUUGGUGGACCAAUGCUUUCUGAUCUAAAUGGUUUUUUUUUCGGAAGAUGAAUGUUUAUAAUAAAACAAACUUAUAUGUGUAUUUAUAUUGAAAUAUAUCUUUAAUGUGGUUGCAUUUUUCUAAUAAACAAUACAGUGAUUGUUAA